AUGAAAAAAUAUUUUUAAACACAUUAGAAAUAACACAAAAAAAUACCUUCAAAUUUGUCACUUUCACUCAAGUGAGUUCAAUCUCUCUCUCGCCAUUGCUCUGUGUGUUUAGUUUGAGCUCUCAAGAUUUGUUAUACUUGAGAAAAAGCUUCAAUCUUUGGCGAAGAAAAAAAGUAGAGAGAGAGAGAGUAUCGGGUUGACAAUGGAUUCAGGUGAUGCAUCUGGAUAUUCAGCUGGGGUGGACGAUGAUUAUGAGUCUUUACUUUCAACGACUGAUGCAGAGCUCUUAAAACGAGCAUGGCGGAAUGAAAAGGCUGCUCCUGAAAUUCUUCAACAUGAGACUGCUUUGGUUCAAAGAUCCAGAGAACAAAUUCAAUUGAUGGAAGAAACAGUAGAGGAAUUUUCAAAAAAUGGUGUUGAUCCACUCACUUUAUCUCUUUACCAGAUGGACCUCGAUAGAACUCUAUUUCUAUUAAGAUCAUACUUAAGAACCCGUCUCCAAAAGAUCGAAAAUUAUGCAUUUCACAUACAAAAAAAUACUGACUUAUGGAAUCGUCUCUCUAAACAAGAGCAGAAAUUUGCUGAAAGGUGUAUUGACGACACGGAGCAACAUCUAGAUCAAUCUGUUCUCUCAAAGUUGCCUCAUGGCUUCAAGUCCCACUUGAAGCAAUCUUCACUAAGUUUGGCAGAUGACAUGGUUCCUGAGCCGCAGCUAGAUCAAUAUGUCAUCUGCAGAAGCAAGAAGUUUUUAGGAUCUUUUCAGCUUGAUGAUAGUGGGGAAGAACCAGUGAACAUUGAAGCCAAUGAUUUGUAUGCUCUACCUUACAAGUCUAUAAAGCCACUUGUGGAGAGUGGGCAGAUUGAUCUGGUAUGAGAGUAUAGGAAACAGAGCAGUCCUAUAUUGUGCAGACUCUCAAAAUAUGUUGCUGCUACUUUCGGAGGAUCCAGCACACCCAUGAACAUUUUUGAAAAAUUCGAGCAACAUUGGGAAACAUUGCCCCUAUGUAUUCUGCUGAUAGGAAACUGACGAUAUGCCACAAAUAAAAAAUUAUAUUAUCUAACAAUGUUGUAGUUUGUAACAAAUUGCAGCAUAGGACUAGAACUCUUUUACAAUCCUAUUAACUGCUCAAGAAUGGUUUCCCUUAUUGUGGUACGAAUAGUGUUUUCUUGUUUCAAACGAUUUUGUUUUUAAAUGAUUUUUUUAAUUAGUAACUAUUUACAAAUGAA